AAUAAAAAGCCGGAAAUUACAUUUAACCCUAGAACAUUUGAAGUAUUUACCGGUUGUACCUACCCUAACCAAAGGAAUAACCGAAUUGAGUUGAACCACGAACCAAUCCCUAAUUUCGACCCGAAAUUCCAAAAACCGAAUGGUACCAAUUCCCUAUCUUAAAUCCUCAAACCAGACCCGAUUCCCUCUCAUUUUCGGGAAGCCCUUCCCUCUCUCGACACUUCGGCGACACAACCGAGGGAGAUCCCCGCUACCCCCACCAGCGACGGCCAAUCCCACCGAAGAGGAGACUCCUGACCAGCAACGGCCAAUCCCACCGAUAGCGACACAACCGAAGAUGGUGCAACCGCAAGAACCUCAUUUCUUCCAACCUUUGCUUCCUGGAUUCCAGACUCACUUGACAAUACCCAUUGUAUUUUUCUCCAAGCACAUCCAAGGGAAGACGAAUGGGAACACAUGGACACUAACAUCCGACGCUAUGGAUCAAACAUGGCAAGUGAUACAAGAAGAGAGGCGACUCACCCGAGGUUGGAAGAAGUUCGCUGAGGCACAUGACCUUCGAAUAGGAGACAUUGUCAUCUUCAAACUCAAAGGUUCCAUGGUCUUUCACGUCACUCCCUUUGGUCCGAGCUGCUGUGACAUCCAGUACACAUAUCCCAACUCAAUGGAAGAAGCACAUGACCACCAGAACAAUAGUAAGUGUGAUUCAAAGUCACCGUACUAGCAUAGGUUACUUAUGAGGUUUUUUGAAGUUGUUGUUUGUUUCUUGUGUUUCAGCAGGAACAGGGGCUAGGUUUUCUUACUCGUGGGACUACUGUUUUAAGGCUGAGGUCACGGAUUCUAAUGUCCGUGAAGACAAACUUGUGAGUGAAACGAGUGUUCUUUUGUGUACUUACACAUCUUUAUGUUGUUCUGACACAUAUGUUUAUGUUCUUUUGUUGCAGGAUCUCCCUGUGGGGGCUACUGGUUGUAAUGCUCUGAACAAAGAAUGCAAUAAGGCGAAACUAGUGAACAUAGAGGGAAAGGCGUGGAAUGUGUCAAUGCGAUUUAACGAAUCAGGCGGCUUCUACUACAUCAAAGGGUGGAGAAAGUUCUGUGCUGAAAACAAAUGCCACAUUGGAGACAGCUUUGUCUUCAAUGUGGUUGGAGAUGGGAACACUUUGCCAUUGAUGUGUGUCUGUUCUCCAAGUAAGGAGUGUCUUAAAUCUGCAGGUGACAUUGCUUCUUCCUCCCGGGUGAACUAGGAAGAUCAUGUGUUCUAGUUGGGGACGCGUCUAUGUUGGUUGUGACUUGAUCUUAAGAGCACAAUGUCUUGUGCUUUGAACUUAUUUUGUGUGUCUUUUAUAUGUUUGCUUUUUGGUACUUUCAACUUGUUAUUUUGAUUUGAUGGUACUUUGAACUUGUUAUUUCGGUUUGAUGUUGCAAACUUUUAGUUAAUCAUUUUCAUGUCAA